CCAAACACGUUAAUGUACCAAAAGAACGCAUCAUUUUUGUUGAAGUACGGAGUAUCUCUUACUCCGUAUGAUUCACUUGAGAUUCCUAGUAAGUAGUAACUGCAAAAAUAGAAAUUUCUAAUCUUAAUUGAUUUCAUUACUAUAUCUACUCCAAAACUGCCUCCCAAUUUUGAUUUUUUUUUUUGAAAUAAUUUCCCAUAAUUAUAAGCUUGCAUGAAACAUCCCAAAAUUAAGAAAAAUUAAAUUACGAAAUUUGACCCCAAAUUCUCCAGUUUCUUUCUCCUCCCAAAUUUCUUCGAUUUUGAGAGAGAGAUGAAGAGGCCGAGUCACAAGUUUGACUCGGUGGUGAUAAUGAGUCGACUCAGGUCACUCCACCUCUUAAUGGGUCUUGUUUUUGUUUACUUUUUCUUGAUGACUACUCAAUUCCCUGUGUUGUUCCGUUUCUUAGAAAACUACAACGAACCUCCGAUACGUUUCAUAACCGAAAAGCCCCGACUUGAGAAACCGACCCGAAUUCUAUCUCGGCUGGACCUCCGGGUUCGACACUCCGACAACAGCUCCAUUUACAAGACCGCCAUGCAAGCGUGGGUUUUGGGGUCUGAAUUAUGGUCCAAAUUGGAGGUUUACCCAGGUGGGGCCCACAAGGCGGUAGGUCCAGGGAACGAGACGGCGUCGUUUAGGUGCCCAGAGAAGAUUUCAAUGACGGCGGCGGAGUUUAAGGGGGCGGUGGGGCUACCAUGUGGGCUUACAAUUGGGUCCCACAUGACGGUGGUGGGGCAGCCGAGGAGGGCCCAUAAUGAGAAGGAACCGAGUAUAUCGCUAGGGAAGGAUGUGAUGGUGUCGCAGUUUAUGGUGGAGCUGAGGCGGGAGAAGGUGGUUAGAGGGGAGGAGGCGGCGAGGUUUUUGCAUUUUAAUCCUAGGAUUAAAGGGGAUUGGAGUGAGAAACCGGUAAUUGAGAUGAAUCACUGCUUUCGAGGGCAGUGGGGCGCCGCCGUUCGUUGCGAGGGGUGGCGUUCCUCGUUGGCCGAAGAAACUGUGGAUGGGCAGGUUAAAUGUGAGAAAUGGAUUCGUGAUCAUGCUAACCAUUUUGAAGAGUCAAAGGCUAGUUUGUGGUUGGACAGGUUGAUGGGACGGAGGAAAAAGAUUGAUUUGGACUGGCCAUAUCCUUUCUUAGAAGAGAAAUUCUUUGUUCUCACCAUUACUGCUGGCUUGGAGGGUUACCACAUUAGUGUCAAUGGACGGCAUAUCACCUCAUUUGCCUAUCGUAAUGGUUUUGACUUAGAAGAUGCCAUGAUAUUACACGUGUAUGGGGAUGUUGAUGUACAUUCUGCAUUUGCUGCUUCAUUACCCACAUCACAUCCUAGUGUUGCUCCUGAGAGGCAUCUUGAGAUGUCCGACGAAUGGAAGGCUCGGACGCUUCCUAAUGAGCUUGUUGAUCUUUUUAUCGGUGUAAUUUCAGCUGGAGACCAUUUUGCUGAACGGAUGGCAGCCCGUAAAUCUUGGAUGCAACAUAACUUGGUUAAAUCUUCAGUUGUUGUAGUCCGCUUCUUCGUAGCAUUGCAUGAAAGAGAAACUAUAAAUGUGGAGCUGAGGAAAGAAGCUGAGUUUUUUGGCGACAUUAUCAUUGUUCCAUACCUGGACAACUAUGAACUUGUUGUUUUGAAGACUUUAGCAAUUUGUGAAUACGGGGUUAAUAUGUUGACGACAAAAUACAUCAUGAAAUGCGACGAUGAUACCUUUGUAAGGGUAGACGCUGUGAUUGAGGAAGCACGGCGGGUUAAUAGUGAGAAGAGCCUUUAUGCUGGGAAAAUGAACUACUAUCACACACCCUUACGGAGUGGUAAAUGGGCUGUUACAUAUGAGGAAUGGCCUGACGAGAUUUAUCCACCAUAUGCUGAUGGACCUGGCUAUAUUGUGUCUUCAGACAUUGCCCGUUUUAUUGUGAGAGAGUUUCAAAAGAACAGAUUAAGAUUGUUCAAGAUGGAAGAUGUGAGCAUGGGGAUGUGGGUUGAGAAGUUCAAUAGCUCGAGACCGGUGGAAUAUCUGCACAACUCACAUUUCGAACAGGCUGGUUGCGUCGAUGAUUAUUAUACUGCACACUAUCAAUCUCCUAAACAACUCAUCUGUUUGUGGGAAAAACUACAAAGAGAAGGAAAAGCCAUAUGCUGCAACCUGUAACAUUUCUACCAUACCAGUUAGACAAUUUUUAUCCUCUUACGGUCCGGAGGAUUUAGGAAUUAGGAAGUGUCACAAAGAGGUUUUGACUUGUAGAUAGCUUAUACUCGUGUAGUCAUCGUAAACUCGGUCCUUUCUCCACUUUUGUUAGUCUUUUUUUUUAUGAGUUCUGAAUUACCUGUAAACAAGGUGGUAGGGUGUGGCUAGGGGAGCAGCGCUGCUCGAAAAAAUGUAUACAAGGUUUUUUUUGGGGGGGAACUUAUAAAUUAUUCCAAAUUUGAGAUUUGAAUUAUACACAAUUUUUUUUCACACAAUCAUGGUGAAUAUAUAAGUUCAGUUAUUUUUUCCUACAGAAAGACCAUACAACUUUGGCAUCAUAAUAUUUGCUUAUGAUAUAGGUAAAGCAGAUUACACACACCAACUAGCAAUUCUGAAGGUCGCGAACUGGGGAUCAAAGCUCUCAUCUUUCCAGCUCAAGGUAUGAGUCUUCUCCAA